UUCCAAGCACGAGUAGGACAUGAAUUGCUGUACCUAAGCGCAGUCUGUCGCUCCAGCGUGGCCAAUAGAUUAAACGAGGACGGUCAAUUGACCGUCUCGAGCAUAGACAGACCGAGUGGGUUGGGCCAUCGUCGUAGCGAUGCGACAAGUCAUAAAUUACCCAACUCGACUGUGACCGUGUGGCCAAAUAACGACCCCUCCGUCCCAGAGACCGCAGUGCAUGCCGAGUCGUCAUGCCUAGUCCUGGUUGCUGUCCUCCUGCAGACCGCUCUCGAGUGGAGUCUUUCUGCCAUGCCGGGCAGUCUAGCCUGUUUGCUCACUCUUUCACUCGGCAACAACGCCUGGCAACUCGAUCACACCGGAUCGGAUUAG